AAAGUUGGUAGCCAUUUUUGAAAUUUGAACGUUUGUUUUUAAAUGUUUGAGAAGACUUUAUAUGGCUUAAAAUAAAGUUUUAUUGCUGUAUAAAUAUUUAUAAUUAAUUAAAUAUGAGGAGAACUUACAGAUCUAAAAAAGAAACAGGUGGUGGGCUUGAUCCGCGAGAUGCGGUGCUCGCAAUGGAUGAAAAGGCUUCUGCUUUUGACGCGUUCUAUAUACAAAAUAUUAAACAAACUAAGAGAGAUUUGUCUGUUGGUACCUCGAUGUUCGCUGCUUCCAACAAAGUUCGUAAAAGGAAGUAUGUGAAACGGCUGAAAGACCAGGAACCUAUCAUUGGAGGCACAAGAGAAUCCAUGACUAGAUCUGGGUGUUUAACACCAGACAAGUCCAUACAUUUAAAAAGAGCGCUCGAUCCCUUUGAUCUGCUUCUGAAUUCCCCAUCAACUAAUGAAGUAUCUUCAAAACCAGUAAAUAAUGUCUUUAGUCCAUUGCAUACACGAGGGAAAGGAAAAAGAGACAAGAAGAAGGCACUACGUAAGAAAAAGUUUAACUACUUAAGCAGUGACAAGACAGCUUCGGAUAAAGAAAAUUCAUAUAACAGCAGCAAAAAUCAUAAAACACAAGAUGAUACUGAUAUUCUCAGUCACGAAUUAGAAAUAGAAAAAGAAGAAAAGAUUACUUCACACAAUAUUGAUGAAUCUAUUAUUAAUAUAGUUACUAAUUUGUCUCUAUUAGAUAAAAUACAGAAUUUAAGCUCUGCAAGCCCCUUGUCAUCCACAAUGAAAGAUAAAUUGAGUAUUUCUCCAGGUCAAAAAUCUCCAAUAUGUAGUACACCAUUUCAAAAAAAAUAUAGAGGAAAAUCUAUUUACAAAUUCUCACCUAUAUCUGCAUAUGUUGAUGAUAGUAAACAUUAUACUAACACUGAAAAUCUUAAAGAAAGUAUAGAAUAUAAAAAUGAAGUUAAAAGUGUUCCAAAUAGCACAUUACAGUCUACAUCUCUUAAUAAGAAAAGUGUGAAUUAUGAUAACAUUAGCUCUCCCAUAUUGCCAUGUAGAAAUGUAACUGAUAAAAAUAGGACAAAGGAAAUGAUUAAGAACUAUCACCCAAUAACUAAAGAAAUAUCUUUACUUCAAACAAGUGAACAAGAACCAUUCCUAGGGUUUCCGAUUAGCAAUUCAUCAAGCGUUCAAAAACUUAAUUUAGAAGCAGUUGUUGAAAUGAAAGAAAAGACAAUAGAAGACCUAAAACAAAGCCAGUUUUUAGACUUCACUAUUACUAAUGGUGAAAAUCGAAAUAGUAUUGUGAACAAUAAGAAUAAUAAUCAAUAUUCAAGUCAAAAACAUGGUAAUGACGCAAGUUUUAAUGCAGAUACUACACGAGAGAACCAACUAGCUGUAGCAAAGUCUUUGGAAAGGCUACAUAGUCCAGAAUUGACUAGAGAAAAAAGUUAUGGCCCAAAAAUUAGCUUUAAUAGUAAUGAAAGCAGGGAAGAAAUUAAUUUAGAAGAUACUACACAUGAAAAUAAUGAAACAGGACAAGGUAGUGUAAUUAAAGAAACAUCAAGUCAAACACAUUCAGAGGAAAAUAGUGUUGAUUACGAACAUACCUUAAAUGAAGAAAAUACUUUGGAACCUAGUCAAAUAUAUUAUGUUAAAAGUAGUACUAUAGUUAAACAAGAAGAUAGUUUGAAAGAAAAAAUUACUUCAGAACUAAAUCAAACACAUUCAGAGGAAAAUUGUGUUGAUCAUGAACAUAGCUUAAAUGAAGAAAAUAAUUUUGAACCUAGUCAAAUAUAUUCAGUUAAAAGUAGUGUUAUGGUUGCAAAAGAAGAUGGUUCGAAAGAAGAAAAUACUUCAGAACCAGGUCCAACAUUUUUAGAGAAAUAUAGCAUUGGCACAAAUGAACAUAGUUUGAAUGAUGAAACCACUUUGGAACCAAGACAAACUUAUGCAGAGAAAUAUAGUAUUGGCACAAAUAAACAUAGUUUGAAUGAUGAAACCACUUUGGAACCAAGACAAACUUAUGCAGAGAAAUAUAGCAUUGGCACAAAAUAUGAACAUAGUUUGAAUGAUGAAACCACUUUGGAACCAAGACAAACUUAUGCAGAGAAAUAUAGUAUUGGCACAAAUGAACAUAGUUUGAAUGAUGAAACUACUUUGGGACCAAGACAAACUUAUGCAGAGAAAUAUAGCAUUGGCACAAAUGAACAUAGUUUGAAUGAUGAAACCACUUUGGAACCAAGACAAACUUAUGCAGAGAAAUAUAGCAUUGGCACAAAUGAACAUAGUUUGAAUGAUGAAAACACUUUGGAACCAAGACAAACUUAUGCAGAGAAAUAUAGCAUUGACACAAAUGCAGAUAGUUUAAAUGAUGAAAACACUUUAGAAACAAGACACACUUAUUCAGAGGAAAAUAGUAUUAUCGAAAUAGAACAUAAUAUUUCAGUGGAAGAAAGUACUUCAGGAGAAGAAAUUGAACAAACUAUUUCAGAACCAUAUCAAACACAUUCGGAAGAAAAUAAUACUGCCGAAAAUGAACAUAGUUUUAUUGAAGAAGGUACUUGUAAUAAUAGUAUAGACACUGACUCUCUUUAUGAAUCUUGUUACAGUGAAAAUGAAAAGUCUGACAUUGGAACAGAUAAUAAAGAAUUAUUAGUUGUAAUUGAAGGACUGAGUGACUCAGUUUUCAAUAAAUAUAAUAAAGAGGCUACGCUUAGUGAAUCAUCACAAAGCGACAAAAGUAAUGACGAGUCAUGCUCUAGUGAUAAUACCAGUAACAGAUACACUAGUUUAGAUGAAAAUUACGCGCUUUCAAAAAGCACAAAAUCAACAAGCGAUGAAGAUGUUGAGAAUGAUUUACAAGAAGGUACUUUGAUGAAUAUAUCCAAUAAUGAUCAAGAUGAUGAUGAAAAUAAUAAACCUGACGAUGACGUUUUUGUUAGCUUUGUAACAAGAAGGAGAAGAAAUGAAAUUACCAAAAACUCAUUCAUAUUAUUUUUCGAGAAUUCUCUAACUAGUACAGGUAGUAAUGAUUUUAACAAGACUGUGCUUAGUAAUAAUAAACCUAGUGUAGAUAGUUUACAAGGAAAUAAUGAUAUCACUAUAAUCAAUGAUGCUCAAGAAAAUACUGAUGGUGAUAUAUCAUUAUUACAAAACGAAAACACUAUUAUUGAAACUGAAUCAUCUCCAUUACCAAAAAUAAAAAGAACAGGUGUAGCAUCUAAAAGUAGUGCUGUCAUAUCUAGAAAAAGUUCCAACUUAUCAACUGAUAAUAUCAAUACAGAAUCUAAUACCGAAAUAAAUGACUGUGCACCAAGAAACAGAAAAUCUAAAAAGAGUUCUAUUUUAACUAGAAAAAGUUCCAAGUUAUCAACAGAUAAAAUAAACAGUGAAUCUAUUGAUAAAGGAAAUAAUGAUACAUCAAGGAAUAGUUUUACAUCUAGCACUAUUACGACUAGGAAAAGUUCUAGAAUGUAUAAAGAAAGUGUUAAUACAAAACCGACAGCUCAAAAUUUAGCACCACCAGAAUGUGUCAAUCAAUCUUAUAACGUAGUUAAUGAUAAUAUGUUUGAUAUAAAACAAGGAAUUGUUCUGGAGCCAGGAAAGACUAGGAAAAGUUCUAGAAUGUAUAAAGAAAGUGUUAAUACAAAACCGACAGCUCAAAAUUUAGCACCACCAGAAUGUGUCACUCAAUCUUAUAACACAGUUAAUGAUAUGUCUGAGAUAAAACAAGGCAUUGUUCUGGAGCCAGGAAGGACUAGGAAAAGUUCUAGAAAGUAUAAAGAAAGUGUUAAUACAAAACCUGCAGCUCAAAAUUUAGCACCACCAGAAUGUGUCAAUCAAUCUUAUAACAUAGUUAAUGAUAUGUCUGAGAUAAAACAAGGCAUUGUUCUGGAGCCAGGAAAAAGAUGGGAAAGAUCUCUCAGCAUUUACCGAAGGGUGACCACAAUGGGGGAUCAUUUUGACCAAACAAUGUUGGAUGAUGAACAAUUAACCAACAAAGGGAGGAAGUAUCGCCAAAGUGUUAUCAACACUAUGGAAAUGCAGGAUAUUUCAGUGUCACUACACAAUGAAUCAGUUAAAAGCCGGAGAAGUACUUUGUUUUCUAAACCUAGCAGGUCAACUAUUAAGAUUUUGAGAGAAUCAAACGCUUGCAGAAUUAGUUUAUCGUCCACUUCAGUAUCUGACGAUUUAGGAUUUUUGUCUGAAGACUGUGAUGAUACGCUUGUCGAGCUAUCGAAACUCUCGAUCAUCGACUCUGACCACGAGGUCACUGUACUAGACAAGUUUAAUGAUACGUCCAAUCGCAUUACAACAGCCCGGGAUUACGUCCUGCGACGCUGCAACCAAACGGACGUUAUACAGUUCGAUGAAUGCUAUCCAGAUACGGUUCUGAAGAACUGUCGCAAGAUCGGCGAAGGCGUGUACGGGGAAGUGUUCCUGUGGCGCGCGGGCGACGGGCGGGCGCGCGUGCUGAAGGUCGUGCCCAUCGCGGGACACACCAAGGUCAAUGGGGAGAACCAGAAGGACUACCACGAGGUCAUAUCGGAAAUUGUGAUUGCUAUGGAAUUGAGCGCCCUACGCGCUCCUAUAAUAGAGAUUGAGAAACAUUUAGAUGAAGGGCAGGGUGCUGAAACUUUGGAUUUACAUUCUGUAGAGAAUGCUACGGAUGUAUUCAAUGAGGUUCUAGCAGUACGCUGUGUAUACGGUAGCUACCCGUCCCGCUUGCUCGAUUUAUGGGAGUUGUAUGACGAGUGCAAAGGCUCGGAGAACGAUAACCCGGCCAUACUGCCCGUGGAUCAGCAGUUCAUGGUGCUGGAGUUAGCCAACGCAGGCCAGGACCUGGAGAGCUACCAGUUUCACAACGCGGAGCAAGCUUACGCGCUCUUCAAGCAGGUUGCAUUCGGUCUCGCAGUAGGCGAGGAGGCGUUCCAGUUUGAGCAUCGCGAUCUUCACUGGGGAAACGUGCUCAUAGCACCUACUGACCAGAAGUACGCAACGUUCGUGCUCCGCGGGCGCACGCACCGCGUGGCCCGGCGCGGGGUGGCUGCCACCAUCAUCGACUACUCUCUCUCGCGUCUGUCGCUCCGUCUGCCGUCCGACACCGCGGCGCUGUACAACGACCUCGCCGCCGACGACGGCCUGUUCGACGCCGUGGGCGACUACCAGUUCCAGGUGUACCGCCUCAUGAGGGACAAGCUCGGUAAUGAUUGGAAGAAUUUCGAGCCCUACACGAACAUACUGUGGCUACACUACACGGUGGAUAAGAUGAUAACGGCCCUCCGCUACACCAGAACUAACACGAAGAUACACAAACACUACAUCGCCAAGCUGAAGGAGAUCAAGAAUCGGAUCCUGGACUACGGGAGCGUCGUCCAGUACGUUCUCACUGACAACGAACUAUAAAGAAACGAAUUAAAAAUUAUGCUAGAUUAACAAAAAUUAACUAUAAAUGUAAUUGUUCAAUUUCACGUAUAAUAUUUCAAUAUGGAUGACUAUACUAUUAGCACUGUAUGCGAUUGUUGUUAUAAAGGUAGUGACGCAUUACUCGUGAAUUAUUAUUAUGAUCAUGAUGUAAAUAGAAACGUUUGCUUUGAUAAAUUUGUUGAAGUUCAAGGUAUUAUUUACAAUAUUGUUGUUACUAUAAACCAGUAUCCAUAUAGAGAGGCCUUCUCAGAUAAGGUAGUGCCUUUCAGGUUAAAUAAAUUCAUAUACUAUA